AAUUGAGCAAGCCGUGGACGCGGCUCUGCGCAUGUGCAGGAGAGCGGGGAGUUUCACUUUAUAACUUUUAAGUGGUCAGGACGCAGCACCGCCCAACCAGGUGGAGCCAGACAACUUCUGGUCUGCCCGGGUCGCUGCGCCGCCGCCGCCGCCGCAGGGAAGUCUUCAAAGGCUGGUGCCCUAUGACCUCCAUCAGAAAAGCCCAGCAGGAAAUGAGCAGUGGACCCGAGGCAGCUUGGGAGGAGGCCAGGGCCACUGCUGCUUUUGCCAGCGCCAGUUGAGGCCCUCUCCAGGGGACACAUCCACAUUUCCUUCCCCAGCAUCUGGGAGGACCAGCGUGAUGACCGACUCCCCUUUCCUGGAGCUGUGGCAGUCCAGAGCAGUGACCAUCCGCGAGCGGCUGGGCAUUGGGGACCAGGCCAAUGACUCCUACUGCUACAACUCGGCUAAAAACAGCACCGUGCUCCAGGGGGUCACCUUCGGGGGCAUCCCCACUGUCCUGUUCAUAGAUGUCACCUGCUUCCUGUUUUUAAUAGCGGCAUUUUCCAUCAUAAGAAGAAAAUUCUGGGAUUAUGGUCGCAUUGCCCUGGUGUCAGAAGGAAACAGUGAGUCCAGAUUCCGGAGACUGUCGUCUUCCUCUUCAGGGCAGCAGGACUUUGAAAGCGAGAUGGGAUUGUGCUCCUGGCUGACCGCAAUCUUCCGCCUGCACGACGACCAGAUCCUGGAGUGGUGUGGGGAGGACGCCAUUCACUACCUGUCCUUCCAGAGACACAUCAUCUUCCUGCUGGUGGUGGUCAGCUGCUUGUCACUGUGCGUCAUCCUGCCCGUCAACCUCUCGGGGGACUUGCUGGACAAAGACCCUUACAGCUUUGGGAGGACGACAAUUGCAAACCUGCAGACUGACAACAACCUCCUCUGGCUGCACACCGUCUUUGCUAUCCUUUACCUCAUCCUCACUGUGGUCUUCAUGCGACACCACACCCAGUCCAUCAAGUACAAGGAGGAGAGCCUGGUGAGGAGGACCCUGUUUAUCACCGGACUCCCCAGACAUGCCAAGAAGGAGACGGUGGAGAGCCACUUCCGGGACGCGUAUCCCACGUGUGAAGUGGUGGAGGUCCAGCUGUGCUACAAUGUGGCCAAGCUGAUUUACCUGUGCAAGGAGAGAAAAAAGACUGAGAAAAGCCUGACCUACUACACAAACCUGCAGGUGAAGACAGGCCAGCGCACCUUCAUCAACCCCAAGCCUUGUGGCCAGUUCUGCUGCUGUGAAGUGCGGGGUUGUGAGUGGGAGGACGCCAUCUCCUACUACACGCGCAUGAAGGACAGGCUGAUGGAGAGGAUCACAGAGGAGGAAUGCAGGGUCCAGGACCAGCCCCUGGGAAUGGCCUUCGUCACCUUCCAGGAGAAGUCCAUGGCCACCUACGUCCUGAAGGACUUCAACGCCUGCAAGUGUCAAGGCCUUCAGUGCAAAGGUGAGCCACAGCCUUCGUCCCACGGCAGAGAGCUCAGCAUCUCCAGGUGGUCGGUCACCUUUGCCGCUUACCCCGAGGACAUCUGCUGGAAGAACCUCUCCAUUCAGGGGUUCCGCUGGUGGUUCCAAUGGCUGGGCAUCAACUUCAUCCUUUUCGUGGUGCUGUUUUUCCUGACCACACCCUCCAUCAUCCUGUCCACCAUGGACAAGUUCAAUGUCACCAAGCCCAUCCAUGCACUGAAUAACCCCGUCAUCAGCCAGUUCUUCCCAACCCUCCUCCUGUGGUCCUUCUCUGCCCUGCUCCCAACCAUCGUCUACUACUCUACACUGCUGGAAUCUCACUGGACCAAGUCAGGAGAGAACUGGAUCAUGAUGACCAAGGUCUACAUAUUCUUGAUCUUCAUGGUGCUGAUCCUGCCCUCCCUUGGCCUCACCAGUUUGGAUUUUUUCUUCCGGUGGCUCUUUGAUAAAACGUCCUCAGAGGCCUCUAUCAGGUUGGAGUGCGUCUUCCUGCCCGACCAGGGCGCCUUCUUUGUGAACUACGUCAUCGCCUCGGCCUUCAUCGGCAACGGCAUGGAGCUCCUGCGGCUGCCUGGCCUCAUUCUCUACACCUUCCGCAUGGUCAUGGCCAAGACCGCGGCCGACCGCAGGAACGUCAAGCAGAGAGCACGGAGGUCGGCUGGGGUGGACCAAACCCCUGAGUUCCUCACCAUCUCACACUCCCAGAACCAGGCCUUCGAGUACGAGUUUGGAGCCAUGUACGCGUGGAUGCUGUGCAUCUUCACCGUCAUCAUGGCCUACAGCAUCACCUGCCCCAUCAUUGUGCCGUUUGGCCUUAUCUACAUCCUGCUCAAGCACAUGGUGGACCGGCACAACCUCUACUUCGCCUACCUCCCGGCCAAGCUGGAGAAGAGGAUCCACUUCGCGGCCGUGAACCAGGCCCUGGCCGCUCCCAUCCUGUGCCUCUUCUGGCUCUACUUCUUCUCCUUCCUGCGCCUGGGUCUGAAGGCCCCCCUCACCCUGUUCACCUUCCUGGUGCUGCUGCUCACCAUCCUGGUCUGCUUGGCAUAUACCUGCUUUGGAUGCUUCAAGCACCUCAGCCCUCUCAACUACAAGACAGAAGAAUCGGCGAGUGACAAAGGCAAUGAGGCAGGGGCCCACGUACCUCCACCAUUCACACCCUACGUGCCCCGGAUUCUGAACAGCUCGUCCUCAGAGAAAACAGCCCUGUCUCCGCAGCAGCAGACCUACGGCGCCAUCAACAACAUCAGCGGGACUGUUGCGGGGCAGUGUCUGGCACAGAGCCCGGAGGAUAGUGUGGCAGCCGCUGACCAGGGGGACUGAGGGCUGGGGAACUGCCGGGCUGGUCCAGGCUCGGGGCCCUGGGGAGUCAGGAGGUGAAGAGACAGGUGGAGAGGCGGCUGGCCCUCGAGCUCAACCAAGUUCAGGACUUCUUUCCACCUGUUUUAAGCACAGCCACUCUAAAGAGAUGAAAGCAGAAAGGGGCCCUGGCCCUUGGCUGAGCAGGGAGGGCGGGACCGCCAUCAGGUGGAGUUCUUUUGGGCACAGGUGCAGCCCUGGACUCUCACUUGCUCGUCUGAGGCUGUAUUUCUUUCCAAGUCCCCCUCUUCCUGCACAAGUGCCCAGCUCUGUGGCUGGGAUGAUGGCCCUGGUGAUUUUUAGCAGAAUCAUGUGUUGAAACUGUGUCCCUCCAACCCAUGAGCGUGGUGACAGAAUCAAGGAAGAGGGGGCUGCACCGUGUGGAAGACCUUCUCCCUCUGAGCAUCCAGACACUGCCCACCCCUCUCCAGGCACACACACAUACCACCGAUAACCAAAGAGGCUGCAGCAGCCACAGGCCUGAGAUGGGUUCCUGAUGGUGGUCCAGGUCCAUCCCAGCUUCCCCUCAUGGGUACCGGACCCUUCCCACCCCUGCCCCACCCUGGGAGUGAGUUGCAGGAAGCAGGAGGGGUUGUGGGCCAGCGCCAGGCUGCAGCAGGCUUCUCCAUAUCCCCACCAGGGUUUUUUUUUUUCUUUCAUGUUGCCAGUGACAUGGUGGCUGGGUCGGGGUCACCUGCACGGCAGGGACCAUGAGGACCACUAAUAAAGUGCCCACUCAGCCAGA